ACGUACUGUUGAGGUAGUGAUCCUGACCAACUACAAAAAUCUGUCGCUAUGGCGAAUAUUUGAAUAGUUUGUGGAAAGAGCUGGGAUUAGAGAUGAACGGAUUCUGUGUAUUUCAUUAUCGGUGAAAAGGAUGAGUAAAUUAUCAAGUCGAUGUUGUGCUGUUGAUAUGUCCUUGGGAUUCAUUGUGACAGUGAAAAUCUAAGUGUAAAUGGAGUUCUCCUUCAACGUCAAUAACUUGUUACCCGACACCAUCACACUAGUGGACGAUAAGCUGGCACCAUUCAGAUCUCGGGUGAAAAAUGACAGGUAAGGUUAUAAUAUUGCAUUGCUUAAGAAAUAAUUUUUUGAAUAUAGCUAGCCAUGCUUAUAUGGAAGAAAAUAAAGGAAAACGCAUACACCGAGGUGUAAUUAAGCUUUUCAUUUUCUUUGCCUUCUAAUACCUGUGUACCGUAUUUACGUAUUUAUUCGAAUAAGCGCCCGACCUCGAAUUAGCGCCCACCUCGAAUAAGCGCCCAUCCUAAAGGCGGAAAAAGUUAAUAAGCGCCCAGCCUCGAAUAAGCGCCCACCCCCUCCUCCUCCCAAUCAAACUCAAAUAAGCGCUCACCCCCACCCCACCCACUUGAGUGAAUGAACUUUAAUAAGAGACUUUCCUGAGGACGGAGUUUUCUUCAGAGUACUUUACAGAAACCUUGCUUUGUUACUUCCUCGCGUUUUGUUAUUAGCAUUUAUUGUUUUGUUGCAAAAUAAACAUACUUCACUUGCUGAAAAUGAUGAAAAUUUAAUAAGCGCCCAGCCUCGAAUAAGCGCCCACCUCGAAUAAGCGCCCACCUCAAAUAAGCGCCCACUCUCAAGGUCCAAAAAUUUAAUAAGCGACCAGGGCGGUUAAUCGAAUAAAUACGGUACAUUGCAUGUGACCUCACAUUGUAUCUUCGAAAUUAAUUCCACUUGGAAGAAAAUUUCUAUCCAUCGAACAAUACAAAGAUUGAUGGCUAUCAGCAUGUUCGAAUCGUUUGUGGCAUUUUUAUUUUAUCUGCACCAAGUUUUUUUAUUUGCAGCAUGUCCCCUGUGGGCCACUGUUGCCGCUGACAGGCUCAUAGAUUUAUGAUUGUAUCUUUUUUGGUUUCAUAACAUACAAGGUCUGAAUUUGCAAAUAAACAGUCCCAGCUUAAGACAGUUAUUGACAAGAUGGGAGAAGCUUCAACAAGGGUGAGUUUGCAUUUGUGUGGCAAAAUUGGUUUUUAUUUCAAUAUUUCCUCCCCCCCCCCCCCCCAAAUGCUUUUAUUAGCGGACAGUUAAUAUCUUUGAAGUACGCAGUCACGUAACAUUUGUCAUUUGGAAAUUUUCAGGCACAAGGCUUGCGAGCCCCUAUCACCAGUGCAAUCAAGCUCCAGCACUCAGAACAAAGGCUUUACAUUAUGAAGGACCCAGUAGCCAAUAAGUAAGUCAUUUUUUCUUGUACUGUACCUGUUGAAGCCCUCUGUCUGAUUCAAUAAGGAAGAGGUAGCAGAAAGAAGUAGCCACAGAGGUGAUGACACGCAGAUCUAUAAACCAGCAUUACCAGUCAGGUGGCAGGAAGACAAUUCAUCGUGAACUUGCCUCCCACUGUAGAAGAUAACGUGUGUAAAAUUUGGCGACUGUGCCAAGGGGUAUCUUCAAUAGUUUUCAACAAAUCACUCACAAACAUGGCAUCUUCCCUAAUUUUAAAGUGUUGUUUUCAGCCAUGUUGACGGAUUUUUGCUCACUGGUCCCAGGGGCAGAUCUAGGGGGAGGGUGCAGGGGGUGCGCACCCCCCUCCCCCCCUGAGAUGACCUGCAGUUUUCUAAUACAACUGGUAUUCUGCAAAAAAAAAAACUAUGUGGUUUAUUGGUGUUGAAGUAGAGCAAAAGGGACAAGUGCACCCCCUCCUAAAAAAAAUCCUGGAUCCGCCAUUGGGUCCCAUUCAAAAGCUAACAAAGAAAAAAACAAUAUAGAAGGUUACAUGUGUAUAUUAUGAAUGAUUGUUCAUGAGGACACUUAUUUAAAGAGGAUUUUGCUCUGUACCCUAGUGGGUUAGGUGCAGCUGUGGGGAUUAUUAAAGUUGGUCAGAAGAAACUGUUUUUAUUGGUAAGUAUUUACUCUUUAUGCUGUGUUCAGUAAAGCCUGUUGAGAAAAUGACCAACAUUUUGAGAUGCCACCACUGAUUUCCCCACAUAAUGACAUCCUGACAUGCUGGGAUCAGUUUCUGUUUCUGGGAAACUGCCCAAACACCCCACCCCUAACCGGCAAUGUUUCUGCCCUUCAGUCACACGUCAGUGAGAAACAUGGGUUAGGGGUGGGGUGGUGGGACAGUUUUCCAGAAACCUUAACUGAUCCAAAUGCUCAAGGGAGCAGAAGGAGGAAUAAGAGUCAAAAAAGAAAAAAAUGACUGCCUAUACUCUCAGAUUUAGAACCAAUUAACAUAGCAAGAUAAUCUUAUUAUUAACCCAGUGAUCUCUCCUAAAGUUCGGUAAGUACAUGUAUGACCAAUUUUCCCUUCUUCAUUGACAAACUUGACAGAAGUGCAUUUGAUUUGCCAGUCAGUUAUGAAAGUUGUGCUUUCUGUUUAUUCUUAUCUAAAAGAUCCAGCUAGAAUGUAAUACAGUCAAAACCUUCUUCACGGACACCUGCUUAAUACGGACACCUCAUUAUUACAGACAGUUUGCUUUGUCCCUGGGGAAAGAAAGUCCUUACAUUUUCAUAUGGAUGCCUCAUUAAUAUAAACACUUUCCAUGGCCCCCCUCAGGGCCUGUAUUACACGGGGUCUGACUGUAUGAAUAGAGCAAUAACUGACAAUGCCUGUUUUUACAUCAGGACAUGCAAAGUGUUCAGUAUGAAGUACAUCCCUUGUGUGUGCUGGAUUUCUACAUCCAUGAGACUCGCCAGAGAACAGGGUGUGGCAAAAGACUGUUUGAGCAUAUGCUUAAGGUUUGUAUUAUAGAUUACUAUGUAGAUAGGCUUAUGAGGGUUUAGUAUUACUCUCAUUAUAAAGAUUUGUGCAGGCAGGGUCAGCGGCCAGCGAGCACGAUGGCCGAGUUUAUUCUAGCUCUGCUAGACCUCAUUUGAUUUUUCUUUUUUUUCUGUAAUUUUAAGGGGCACAAUGUUAGUUUAUCUAGACGUGCCCCUCUCCUUCCCUUCCAAUAUACAAUGUGAUUUAAGUGCUGUAAAAUUUUAUUGUACGUUUUCUUUCGGUGUAAAUUUUAUUUGUAACUUACUUUUUCACCUUAUAUCUAAUUCUGUAUUAUCAUCUGCUAAGGUGUCGAGAAUUAAAUAAUUUGAAAUUAAAAAAGAUGUUUUCUCACUCUCAUCAGUUGAGGAUUGCAUCCAACAUGUAUGUUGCUAUAAUCACCCCACACAGGGUGACUGUUUUUGAUCUCUACUGACUUUUUCUUGGGGAUUGUUCACCUAUAUUAACUUCGACUUUGGCAAUAACUGUUAAAUAACAUUAUUGUAAUCUUGCCCAAACUUGUCAUAAAUGGGCUCUUCAAAUGUGUUUUGCCCCUCAUCCAAAGCAGGCUUGUAAAACAAAGUUCAUAUAGGGGCAUGAACUUAAUGUAAGAAUACCUGUAAUCUGAAUUUACACUCUCUGAAAGAGCUUUAUCAAAUCAUGGGCAUAGUUAUUAUUUCAUCCUUGCUAUUUCAAAACAGACCCCUUUAGCCAGGGCACAUGUUUGUACAUUAAGUGGUGUCCUUUUAUCCAUUUAUGUGGAUUUGUUGUUUCUCCAAUGCGGUUUUAUUUUUGUUUUUGUUGUUUUCUUGCAGAUGGAAGGUAGGAUGGUUCACCACCUAGCAAUUGACAGGCCUUCACAUAAGUUUGUCUCCUUCCUGAAGAAGUAUUAUGGUUUAAAGAAUGCAAUACCUCAGGUAAGGGAGAAUUUUAUUAAAAGUAGUUGUACAAGUAGUAAUAAUAAUGAUAACGAAUAUGAUAAUGAUAAUGAUAAUGAUAAUUAACAAUUAUUGAAGAAGAAUGAUGAAGAUUUAGGAAGGUGUUAUCAUCCUCGGCCUUAUCGGCCUGGGUGGAUAACUCCCUCCUUGAUCUCCAUAACUUUUCAGAUGAUGCUCAGUGUUAUCCAGUAAUUGAUAAUUAGAAUGAUAUCAAUAAAGAUGAUGAUAACAAUUACAAUAAUGAUGAUGAUGAUGAUGAUAACCAUAAGAUAAUGAUAUCGAUAAUGAUACAGAUAUUGAUAAUGAUAAUGAUAAUGAUAAUGAUAAUGACAGUAAUAUGUAAUAAAUUAAUUCAUCCCAUUCAUGAAUUUGAAAAUUUUCUCGUAUGGCUCUGGAAAUUGCGUUUUGGUUAGCUAUGGUUAGGUUUUUGCAUGGUCUUAAAUUGACACAGAUUUGACAGAUGUUUACCAAUAUCUGCAGUAUUAUAUAUACAAACUUCAACUUUAUUAUGAGUAUGAUACUUUUUGUUCCAGGGCAAUAACUUUGUGAUCCAUGAGCACUUUUUCUCGGAUCUGGAAGGUAAGUAUUAUUGUCUAAAAGCAGUUUAACGACAAAGCACAUUGAUGGCAGUAGUGAUUUAGUUACUACAAAUUAUUAUCUUAAAUACUACAGCAACUGAUUCAAGCAAAGAUUGUAAAUGCCCCCGUAGGGAUUUCACCCAGCAGGUGAAACCCUGGAGGGGUAUCUUAGUAGCUCGCACAUACCUAAAGAAAAGUACUUACAGUUGAAAUAUACAGUCAGGGUACAUUUACCAGAAAAAAUAUCGAUUUGUGAAAAACUGGGACUGCAUGCAAUUGUUGGGUAAUGAUGACGUUUCAGCGCUGAAAAAUGGUUAAGGAUGACGUAUACCCAAAACAGGAAAUGCUCAAAGGGACUUCCUGGGUUGAUUUUGUGACAUUCAUUGUUCAGUUUGUACUUCAAUACUCUUCUGCGUUAUGCGUGUUGAGUGACAUUCUGUGGAGCAGCUGUUUUGAGGAUAUUAAAGAAAAACUUAAAUUUACAUUUCUUCGUCUCAUUUUCCUCUCUUAAACAAGCAUCAUAAACCCACUGACCACGAAAGAGAUAAUCUCGAGUGUGACCGAAAUUAUCUGAAAUUAUGGACCGAAAGACACUCGGUAAGCGUGGACGUAAGUUAUAAGGGGCGUAUGACUGUGUAUAAGCACUUGCAGGGUUUGCCAGACGCGAGUUUAUCAUUCACAAAUCUUUUAUUGGAAACGAUUUGUCAGACACAUUACUGUGAGGGAACGAAAGACUCAGUCCACAAACAAGCAAGUUUCCCUAAGCGAACGAGUGAAUUAAGCGAGCUAAUUAGCAGACUAAUGGACGAUUACAGAAAUUUGCCGACAAUUAAAUUCUGUGCUUACGUAUUCCCUUUUCCCCUUUCGAUAUCCCUCUAUUAAGCUUUUUUCUUAAAAAAGCAGAAAAGCGAAGUAUUGUCCCGAAUGCCUUUUUAGGUUUUUUUAAAAAAUGACUACAACGCGAAUGUGAAUUGAUCAAAGCUUAAAUUCCUGGCGCUCCGGCGCUUUCAAGCCGGCUUAAAAUGAACUGGAUGUAAAUAGUAGAAGAGAAAUAGGGGGAAAUUACCACUUGUAAUCAAAUCUUUUCUGGUAUAUUUUUGAGAGUGUUUGAUCAAAGCUGGGUAAAUCGACUGAAUCAAUGCAUUGACUGUUGCGUCUCCUGUUUUUAUCUCGCCUUCUGCGUGGAAAUAGGAAUAUGUGGAAAUUUUCGAUAUGAAUCGGCAUAUUUUAAAGAGGUACGCAAAGACCAAGGAUACAAUUGAUCGACAAUAUACAGAGCGGGGGCAGCUAUAGUGUCAACUUUUAUUAGUAAUAUUAGAAUAAAAAGUUUGUCUUACGGUGAUGCACUCAAAUCAUGUUUAAUAGUCCUCUCAAUAGUUUUUUUUUUCAACUUUUGACAUGGACAAGUUAGGGAAAAUCCGUCAACACCACUGGAAAGAUCGCCUUUAAACUAAUGGCAUUGCCAAGCUUAAAAGUUGAACAAAACCGUGAAAGGGUCCAUUGGAAGUGCGGCUUAAAUCCGGCAGGACACAACAGACUGUUCAUUAACCCUCUGUGUCUGGUUAUACAGAGGGGAAGGAAAGAAGAAAGCCGUGCCUAUCGCGCGUGAAAGUUCUGUGCUUUCAACUUGAAUCCCUAGCAAAAGAACCUGUUGUAGAUUUGUGGUGAAACUUGGUACACUGUCGUGAAUAGUUAAGAAGAUCGUAAAAACGUGAAAAUAGGGGAUCGCCGAGGUCGUUUCGGGGCUAUAAUACUGACGGCUACGGCCAUUUAGGCACUCUCGGUAAUAACCGCUCCCAACCUUAAACAGUUCAUUGUUUAUCCAGUUACCUUCCCAGAAAAAUGCCUUUGAAUACCUUAGUUUUUCUUUACUUUCCUUAGUAGGCUUAUUUUAAAUGCACUGUUUGACUCAUUGUCUCAUUCCGUAGAAAUUUGUUGAAAUAGCAAAAAACUGGUCAUAGAUUUGUGACAAUUUAUUUUUUCUUGUUGCUGUGCAGCUGCAGAGAGUGCGCCCCGUCUUUCGAUUUACAGGUGGUGCGCACCGUCCCAGGCCUUUCCUCCUCUUCGUUGACUUCAAUGUAACUAUCUUUCUGUAGAAGCUCUCUUCAUGGUCGCCAUCUUGUUAUGGAAUGUAAGAGAUGAACACUGCCAAACCAGCGAAUUAUCUUAAGCUAACUCAAGUUGCUGUUUUCUGUUUUUAUUUAGCUGUUGGUUAUGUGCCUCGCCGAAGUCAGCGUUUCGGUACCCAGAAUGUAUCUCAGCCCGGAAGGCCUCCUAUUCACCCAUAUAGAAGAACAAGUAAGAUCAGCAUGCAGUGACACUUUCUCAUACAUCAGGGGCACCCAACGACAUUUUCUUCCUUAAUACAUUGAAGACACUGUUUAGGCUAUCCAGAGUACUUUUAGAUCCGUAGAAAUACAUUCUAAGGGGCGCUAUAAAAUUUGUAUCUGUUGGGUCAACUUAGGGGAACUUAUUAUUAGUGUUUUGAAUGGAACGGUUAUGUAGAAAUUUUUAGCUGUCCUCAAGCUAUAGAAAAUUCUACGCAAUAUUUGCUUCUCUUCUCCGAACAGAUAUUUUACAAAAAACAGUCGUAGGGUGCCCCUGAAAAAAAUGAAAAUUGACUCCAAUUCAAAGAGGACAGAGGGCAAAUUGUUGUUGCUCGAAAUAUCUAAAAGUCGUAACUGUUCGUCCGUAGGAUAUUUUAGGUUGUGCAUUACAAUAAUAUUAUUAGGCCAAACACACUUUUUGGGAAGUAAAAAGGAAUAACAAAUCCUGUUGUAAUGCAAAGGAGACGUUUUUUUUUUCUACCGCAAGGAUUUGAAGUUCUCACAACAGGUGUUUUUUUUCUUCGCAACAGGCCAAAGUAACGGUGAACCGUCGCUCCUGCAUAAGCGCCAUUCCAGCUCAAGUCGGCCAAACAGUGGCCGAGAAUUUUCAGCACUUUCCAGUAACAAAGUCGAAGGAAGAGAAACGGAUUCACGUGACCAUUUCCGGAUAAAUGAUUCGCUUCAGGAUAUUAACUUGCCUCCCCUUGUUCCCAGGCCCUUAUCGCGAAACUCUACUCCAGGCUCGCGCGGCUCUUCAGCAGGGAGGAGGCCUGUGACGAGGGAGAUGGAACUAAGGUAGGAUGACUCAUUAUAAGUACAAGAACAUGUUGAAUUUGAAUGCUUCGUGUACACUGUUUUAAGAAGAUCCCUGUAAGAGGCCAGGACCAGAUCGAGGUUAAAGUGUGUUUUUGUGUGCUGUUACAAAGACAUGGUUUCGAACAUUUUUUUUCAGCAGAUUAUUCGAAUCAGGCACAUAGGUUUCUUUUCAUUGUAAUUCGCCCUAAAAACGACCAAAAUUUAGUGUGCGUCCAUGCUAAAUUUCGGUCUUCUUCUCGUAAAACACUAGAAACACUGAAGCAACCAGUUAUGUUCGUUCUGAAGCAUUCAACGCGUCACGUGGUUUGGCGGCUCGCGCAACUCGUUAUAGCCGGCAUUCAAAUCGUGGAGGGUCAGCUGAUAUUAUCAAGUCGAAAAGGAGCGUGGAAGCGAUGGACAGCACCGCUGACAGUAGCAGUAGCUAUCUCAGGAGCAAUAGUGGAGGAAGGAUAAGAUCGCUGCAUCUCACUUCCGCUGAAAAUCCGUUUCACGGACAACAGUCAGCAACAGUGCAGAUGGCUGAAAAGCAGCAGCAUGAACAGUUGAGUAACAUAAAAUCCUUUUUCUCGUAGAAAUAUUCUUAGAUUAUCGUACAGUUCUUCCUGGGGAUUCUUUUAUGUUGCUAACCUUUCUAACAACUUAAAAGUCGUAUUUCUUUAUUUUCUGCUCUUUUGUUUUAACCAGAGUUACACAAAUGGUACCAUCAAAUGACAAACCUAAACAGGACCACAACUCGAACGUUUCCGAUAAACAACCCAGUGAAGCAGAAACUCAAAGUGGACUUACUCCAUCAGGAAACUUUUCCGUCACUUCACUUUUUAACUCUCACUUUGGCGUGCGUCCACCUUUCAUUGGCAGUUCAUGGAACAUUUUCGGUGUACCGACGUACUCCAGUUCGGCAAAUAAUAUGUACACGAGGAGAACUAAUCAAAGACAUCAUCCGUUUUAACCAACGAAAACGUAGCCUGCGUGGCAGGCGCUGGUUAGUUUUUAUGGAGCGCGCGAUGGGAACACGCAUUGCGGAGAAGAGGUCUCCUCUUCUUUUCUCCUCUCCUGUGCGAGCGCGUACUCGAUAUUUCUCCUUUCGCCCUAAAAAAACCCGGCGCCUUCUUCGCAGGCUAGUGAAGAGGCAAUCACACCUACCUCUCGGAAGUUGUAUUCACGAAAUGCCUUGGAAGAGUGCUAUUCUGUUAAUAAACACUGAUUUGGUUUUUGGUUAG